AAGGAAGAAUAAGAAGCCAGUUGUCAGGUCUUGUCUUAGAGUUGUAUUACUAAAAUGUAGAGUGACUAUAACCAUAAUGUUAAGAUAUUGUUUGAAAGUUUACCAGCAUAUUUACUACCGAGACUUUCUCAGGAUGCAUACUUCAGUAAACCUCCCAAAGGUUCCAUCACAGCACAAUCUAGUCUGGAUAGAUAUGGAAAUGAGCGGAUUGGACGUAGAGAAUGACCGAAUCCUUGAGAUUGCUUGCACAAUAACAAACAAAAAUUUGGAAUGUUUAGAGCCCGGACUAAACUUUGUCAUCCACCAACCCGAAGCAAUAUUGCAGUCGAUGAAUGAUUGGUGUAAACAGAACCACGGAAAAACGGGCCUCACACAGGCUGUGCGAGACUCUAAAAUUAGUUUGGCUGAAGCAGAGCAGACUGUUCUAGAAUUAGUGCGAAAACACUGUCCAGAAAAGGCAUGUCCACUGGCAGGAAACUCGGUGUAUAUGGACAGAAUGUUCCUCAAUCGGUAUAUGCCCCGCCUGAACGAGUUUUUACAUUAUCGCGUUGUUGACGUUAGUUCGAUAAAGGAAUUGUGUAAACGUUGGAAUGGAGCCAUAUUUAGUCGUGUUCCUUCGAAACAGUUAAGUCAUCGUGCUCUAGAAGACAUACAGGAAAGUAUCGAAGAGUUAAAGUACUAUAAACAACAUAUGUUUCGAGGGAAUUAUUCUUAGAAAAUAUUAGCUAGUUAGAUUUUUUGAGAUUACGUAAAUAAACAUUUGUAAAUAACAAAAAAUAGGUUCAACGUAAACAUUUCAAAAGGGCCAAUGACAGAUUCUCGUUUAUUUUCUCUUUCGAUUGUUUUUGCCUUACUUUUCAUUACUAAUAAGAAAUUAAAAAAAAAGUAUUCUACUCGAAUAAUUAUACCGUGAAAAUAAUGGGUUCUUAACAGAAGAGAAAAUAAACUAGAGAAACUCUUAUUUGUUCGUGAAAUGUUCUCAUCGAGUUGUUGAAAUAAAAAUUAAAUAAA